GGCAGGUCCGUGGGGCGGGGCCUAGGCGGCAGGUCCGCGUCGCCCUGCGUCACUUCCGGGCGCGGUGCGCGAGCCAAGGCGCCAUCGCAGGGUCUCAGCCAUGGAGGGCAAGCCCUUGGUGACGUCCAAACAGAAGACGGAAGUGGUGUGUGGGGUCCCCACCCAGGUGGUCUGCACGGCCUUCAGCACCCACAUCCUGGUGGUGGUGACCCAGUUCGGGAAGAUGGGGACCCUGGUCGCCCUGGAGCCCAGCGCUGUGACCAGUGACAUCAGCAAGCCGGUGCUCACUACCAAAGUUCUUCUCGGGCAGGACGAGCCUCUCAUCCACGUCUUCGCAAAGAACCUGGUGACCUUCGUGUCUCAAGAAGCCGGAAACAGAGCCGUCCUCCUGGCCAUGGCCGUGAAGGACCGGAGCAUGGAGGGGCUGCGGGCCUUGAAGGAGGUGAUUCAGACCUGCCAGGUGUGGUGACCUGGACGUGCAGCCACACCUGCGGCUCCACAGAGCCAGGGGGAAGGCGGGGACUCACUGGGAGCCCCUCCUGCGCCCUGGAAGCCGGGGAGAGGAGCGUGUCCCCGCAGACUCCUGCUUGGCCUCUGACCCUGACCUUGGAGGGAGGGAGCGCGGGAGUGCGUGUGGGAGAGUCGGGAUGGUCUCACCAGGGCCCAGUGGGUUUGAGAAUUGAAAGGAGUCCUGGCCCUCAAUGUGUGGUACCGGCCAGUGGAGGGAAUUGCUUUUGUAUUAAAACAAGUGCAGAAUCCAA